CCUGUUUUAUCUCUUUUCCCGUCUUUACUUAUUGUUCCUGUUGAUUUAUUUUCUGCUCUCCAAUGUCUUAUCAAGCCGUUUCCAGUCUGUUAUCACUGUCUCGCGGUCAAUCCCACCAUUCGCACACUAAAAAGCAAGCCAUGACCGCGGCUGAAAAGGCGAAUGUGCCCCGUCCUUACAAGUGUCCCAUGUGCCCUAAAUCGUUUUAUCGACUUGAGCAUCAGACCCGUCAUAUUCGUACUCACACGGGCGAGAAGCCGCAUAAAUGCACUUUCCCAGGAUGUGAAAAACGUUUUUCCCGCUCAGACGAAUUAACUCGCCAUCUUCGUAUUCACACUUCACCCAACAAGAAACGAGAACGCAAAUCAAAGCAUGACAACAGCAGUUCCAAGCGGGCUCGUACCACUACCGUUCGCACGCCACCGGCCACCACUCCAUCGUUGCCUCCUUCACCCGCCCUCUCCACCACCAGCUCUUACUUCACGGAGAAGCAUCACUCGGACUCGGACUCUGAAAUCAUCACACCUGGCAGCUCCCCCCUCAUGUCCCCCCGCGAAUGGUCGCCCAAGGUGCCAAAGUUGGCCGCACUUGAAUGCAACAUCCAAUCCUCUAUGUUUGACCGACCAACCACUCCCUCGGUGGGUCCUAGUCUGCUGGAACUCUUUGAGCUGCCACCGGAAGCUCGUGUCCUGCCACCUAUCACUGCCGUCUAUUACGAUCGACCGGCUGCUUAUGCUCGCUCCAACUGAGUGCUGUGUUGAACCCAUUUUUUCAACCGCUGGCCCGUGUUAUCAUCCUCAUUCUCGUCCAUCUACCUUACACUUUAUAAUCUAAUUUACAUUUUUCUUACACUUUAUUUCGGGUUUCCUCCAGCGGCAUAUCUUUUUUUGUUAAUUAGUUUUACUCCAUUUUACAUUACUAUCGCCACUUGCAUUCAACGUAUUAACCAUCCCCCUGUUACAAAUUCAUCACCUCAAUCUGUAUAUAACAAUCACCAGAGUUCGCACUGCUCUUGCAUUGAGCAGCACUAAUAAAAUACUAAAAAAAAA